AUGCUCUAUGAAUGUAUUUUGUGCGCAUGUUGUUCCUCAUCCUGCCCUUCAUAUUGGUGGAAUGCUGACAAAUACCUUGGACCGGCUGUACUCAUGCAAGCUUACAGAUGGAUCAUCGAUUCUCGAGAUGACUAUCCCAAAGAACGCCUCGCUCGAAUGCACGACGCCUUCUCAGCGUUCAAAUGCCACACCAUCAUGAAUUGCACGAAGACGUGCCCAAAGAACUUGAACCCUGCAAAAGCUAUUGGUGAAAUCAAGACAUUAUUGACUGGAUUUAAAUCAAAGCCAACACCGGAACCAGCGAAGUUCUAG